CAUCCGGCGCGGGAGUCCCGAGCUCGCAGCGCGCGUUCCCCCGCCCGCCUGCCCGCCUGCCCGCCGGCUCUCCCCGCAGCGUGAUCCGGGCGCCACGGCGGAGGGGAGGGGGGGUUCGCGACGUCGCUGGCGGCGGGAGGCCGUUUCGGAGUGCAGACCGCCCCCCUCCCCUGCCAGCCUCCCCCACCGCCCUCCCUUGUUCUCGCUCUGCCCCGGCUGCACGCCGCCGCCGCGGGCGCCGAGGAGGAGAGCGCGGACGCCCCUGUGCCCGGCGCGGCCCGGGCCUGCCCGCGGCGCCUCCCUCCCUUCACCCCGAGCCGCAGCGCGCGGCGGCGGCGGCGCCUCGAGCCCGAGCGACCCGCGGCCGCCGGCGCCGGCCGAGGGCGAUGGGGCUGGGCUGAGGCGAGGCGGCGGCGGCGACAGCGGCGGGCCCGGGCCCCGGCUCCCCGCGGUCCCUCGGCUGCUUCGGCCGGGAGGCCGGCGAGGAGACGGCGCAGCGGCGGCGGAUCUGACAGGAACAUCCUUGGAUCUUGGUGUCUGGACAUAGGAGCCAGAUUUUGAAAGUGCUGCUGAUACAGCAAUUGGGAAGAAUAAUGAUAUAGUGCUUUUGUUAUCUUCAAUUGUUCUGAAGCACAAGACCUCUCAAACCACCGUAGAUAUGGACAAAGAAGAAAGGAAGACUAUCAACCAAGGUCAAGAAGAUGAAAUGGAGAUAUAUGGCUAUAAUUUGUGUCGCUGGAAGCUUGCCAUAGUUUCCCUAGGAGUGGUUUGCACUGGUGGCUUUCUCCUCCUCCUCCUCUACUGGAUGCCCGAAUGGCGGGUGAAGGCGACCUGUAUUAGAGCUGCCAUUAAAGACUGUGAAGUGGUGCUGCUGAGGACUACUGAUGAAUUCAGAAUGUGGUUUUGUGCAAAAAUCCGCUUUCUUUCUCUGGAAACUCACCCAUUUUUGAGUCCAAAAUCUAUGACUAAUAAAGUUGCAAAUGGCCAUGCUGUUCAUUUUACUGAAAAUUUGGCUACAGAGAAUAGGCAUGAGAUGAGCAAAUAUUCACAAACUCAACCACAGCAGAUUCGUUAUUUUACCCACCACAGUGUAAAAUACUUCUGGAAUGAUACCCUUCACAAUUUUGAUUUUUUAAAGGGACUGGAUGAAGGUGUUUCUUGUACGUCAAUUUAUGAAAAGCAUAGUGCAGGACUGACAAAGGGGAUGCAUGCCUACAGAAAAUUGCUUUAUGGAGUAAAUGAAAUUACUGUGAAAGUGCCUUCUGUUUUUAAGCUUCUAAUUAAGGAGGUUCUCAACCCAUUUUACAUUUUCCAGCUGUUCAGUGUUAUACUGUGGAGCACUGAUGAAUACUAUUAUUAUGCUCUAGCCAUUGUGAUUAUGUCUAUAGUGUCAAUUGUAAGCUCUCUAUAUUCCAUUAGAAAGCAAUAUGUUAUGUUGCAUGACAUGGUGGCAGCUCACAGUACUGUGAGAGUUUCAGUUUGCAGAGCGAAUGGAGAAAUAGAAGAGAUCUUUUCUACAGACCUUGUGCCAGGAGAUGUUAUGGUCAUUCCAUUGAAUGGGACAGUGAUGCCUUGUGAUGCAGUUCUAAUUAAUGGUACUUGCAUUGUAAAUGAAAGCAUGUUAACAGGAGAGAGUGUUCCAGUAACAAAGACUAAUUUGCCAAAUCCUUCAGUGGACAUAAAAGGAAUGGGAGAUGAAUUCUAUAGUCCAGAAAUACAUAAACGACACACUUUGUUUUGUGGGACUACUGUAAUUCAAACUCGUUUCUACACUGGAGAACUUGUCAAAGCUGUAGUAGUUAGAACAGGAUUUAGUACUUCCAAAGGACAGCUUGUUCGUUCUAUAUUAUAUCCCAAACCAACUGAUUUUAAACUCUACAGAGAUGCCUACUUGUUUCUACUGUGUCUUGUGGCAGUGGCUGGCAUUGGGUUUAUCUACACUAUUAUCAAUAGCAUUUUAAACAAGGUAGAAAUUAGGGUCAUAAUUAUCGAGUCUCUGGAUAUCAUUACCAUUACUGUGCCACCUGCACUUCCAGCUGCAAUGACAGCUGGUAUUGUGUAUGCCCAAAGAAGACUGAAAAAAAUUGGUAUUUUCUGUAUCAGUCCUCAAAGGAUAAAUAUCUGUGGACAGCUGAAUCUUGUUUGCUUUGACAAGACUGGAACUCUUACUGAAGAUGGUUUAGAUCUGUGGGGGAUUCAACGAGUGGAAAAUACACGUUUUCUUUUGCCAGAAGAAAAUGUUUGCAAUGAGGUAUUGGUAAAGUCUCAGUUUGUUGCAUGUAUGGCUACCUGUCACUCACUCACAAAGAUUGAAGGAGUGCUUUCUGGUGAUCCACUUGAUUUGAAAAUGUUUGAAGCCAUUGGAUGGAUUCUGGAAGAAGCAACUGAAGAGGAAACGGCACUUCAUAAUCGAAUUAUGCCCACUGUGGUUCGUCCUCCAAAACAGCUGCUUCCUGAAUCUACACAUGCGGGAAACCAAGAAAUGGAGCUGUUUGAACUUCCAGCUAUUUAUGAGAUAGGAAUUGUUCGUCAGUUUCCGUUUUCUUCUGCUUUGCAACGUAUGAGUGUGGUUGCAAGGGUGCUAGGGGAUAAGAAGAUGGAUGCCUACAUGAAGGGAGCACCUGAGAUCAUUGCUAGUCUUUGUAAACCUGAAACAGUUCCUACUGAUUUUGAAAAAGUUCUGGAAGAUUACACUAAACAGGGCUUCCGCGUAAUUGCUCUUGCACACAGAAAAUUGGAAUCGAAACUGACUUGGCAUAAAGUACAGAAUAUUAGCAGAGAUGUCAUUGAAAACAACAUGGAUUUUAUGGGAUUAAUUAUAAUGCAGAACAAAUUAAAGCAAGAAACCCCUGGAGUACUUGAAGAUUUGCAUAAAGCCAACAUUCGCACGGUCAUGGUCACAGGUGACAACAUGUUGACUGCUGUCUCUGUGGCCAGAGACUGUGGAAUGAUACUACCUCAGGAUAAAGUUAUUAUUGCUGAAGCAUUACCUCCGAAGGAUGGGAAAGUUGCCAAGAUAAACUGGCAUUAUGCAGACACCCUAACACAGUGCAGUAAUUCAUCAGCCAUUGACUCGGAGGCUAUUCCAAUUAAAUUGGUCCAUAAUAGCUUAGAGAAUCUUCAAGUGACUCGUUACCAUUUUGCAAUGAAUGGAAAAUCAUUUUCAGUGAUAUUGGAACAUUUUCAAGACCUUGCUCCUAAGUUGAUGUUGCAUGGCACUGUUUUUGCUCGUAUGGCACCUGAUCAGAAGACACAAUUAAUAGAAGCAUUGCAAAAUGUAGAUUACUUCGUCGGAAUGUGCGGUGAUGGGGCAAAUGAUUGUGGUGCUUUGAAGAGGGCACAUGGAGGCAUUUCGUUAUCAGAGCUCGAGGCUUCAGUGGCAUCUCCCUUUACCUCCAAAACUCCUAGUAUUUCCUGUGUGCCAAACCUUAUCAGGGAAGGCCGUGCUGCUUUAAUGACUUCUUUCUGUGUGUUUAAAUUUAUGGCUUUGUACAGCAUUAUACAGUACUUCAGUGUUACUCUGCUAUAUUCUAUCUUAAGUAACCUGGGAGACUUCCAGUUUCUCUUCAUUGAUCUGGCAAUCAUUUUGGUAGUGGUAUUUACAAUGAGUUUAAAUCCUGCCUGGAAGGAACUUGUGGCACAAAGACCACCCUCAGGUCUUAUAUCUGGGGCCCUUCUCUUCUCCGUUUUGUCUCAGAUCAUCAUCUGCAUUGGAUUUCAAUCUUUGGGGUUUUUUUGGGUCAAGCAGCAAUCUUGGUAUGAAGUAUGGCAUCCACAGUCAGAUGCUUGUAAUACGAGAAGCCUGUAUGGGAAUUCUUCAUACUUGGACAAUGAAACCAAACCUGAUACACAUAAUAUACAAAAUUAUGAAAAUACCACAGUGUUUUUUAUCUCCAGUUUUCAGUACCUCAUAGUGGCAAUUGCCUUUUCAAAAGGAAAACCCUUCAGGCAACCUUGCUACAAGAAUUAUUUUUUUGUUGUGUCUGUGAUUAUUUUGUAUGUUUUCAUAUUACUCAUCAUGUUGCAUCCAGUUGCCUCUAUUGACCAGGUUCUUCAGAUAGUGUGUGUACCAUAUCAGUGGCGUAUAACUAUGCUUAUGAUUGUUCUUGUCAAUGCCCUUGUAUCUAUCAUGGUGGAGAAUUUCUUCCUUGACAUGGUCCUUUGGAAAGUUGUGUUCAAUCGAGACAAACAAGGAGAAUACCGCUUCACCACCACACAGCCGCCACAGGCGUCAGUGGAUCGGUGGGGAAAAUGCUGCUUGUCCUGGGCCCUGGGCUGUAGAAAGAAGAUACCAAAGGCAAAGUACAUGUAUCUGGCUCAGGAGCUCUUGGUUGAUCCAGAAUGGCCACCCAAACCUCAAACAACAACAGAGGCUAAAGCUUUAGUUAAGGAGAAUGGAUCAUGUCAAAUCAUCACCAUAACGUAGCACUGCGUCACUCUCAGUGGUAUGCUGGUAGCAGGAGAAUGUAAUUUCCGGACUUUCCGAUCCUGUGCGUCAGAAUGGCACCAUUUCAAUUUAUGUCUCUUCUAGUAAUGCUGAUUUCAGAGGUUUUUUGUUUUUGUUUUUGUUUUUGUUUUAAAUAAGACAGUUGGCCUGCCAGUUAAAUUCAUAAUCAGUCUGUAAAGUCUUAUAUCUGUAUUCAGGAACUACAUAUUACAUAUAUUUCCAGAAUUUUCUUGUUACCCUCAGUGAUGCUCUUUAAAUAGGGUACAGAAGAAAGUUGAUAUUUGAUAGGUUUUUAGACAUCAGCUUCUGAGACUUGGUUAAUGCGUUUAAAUAUAUUUUCACAAACCCUUAUCAGAAAAAGCCCUCAUUUAUUUACCACCCCUAAAUUUCUGAUUGAUAAAUAAAAUGGGUGUUAAUUAGCCUCUAGUGAAAAUAGGUACAAAGCCUGUUUUCAUUUGAUUCCAAUAUUUCUUCCAAAGAAUUCCGUGUAUACACAGACCAGUUCCCUUUGAUAGCCUAGGGGUGAGUUUUAUGAUGUUGCUUAUAGAACAACUCAGGUAAUUUCCAUUUACGGUUUUAUAAUUUCUGUACAAACUGCCUGAGUUUUAUUUUUCUAAUCAGCAAGGUGCUUCACUGCCUUCUUCAGAUGUCCCUCAAAGCUAUUGAAUGGAUCUUGUGAUCUGUCUGCUGUCAAUAGUACGAUUUACUUCAGUUAAAUGUUGUAGAACCAUAGAACCAUUUUCACUAGGAAAAAAGAUUAUUUCCUUUGGCAAUAGAUAUAGAUCUAUCUUUCUAAUAUCUCUUCAUAGCUGUUUUUUCUCUCAGGUUUUAUCAUUUUAAAGAUUUUUCUUUUCUUCUAGGUUUUUAAUUACUUAAAGACAAGAUAAUAGUGAGUUGUUUUUUUUUUUUUUUUAGUUUUUUGAGUUAGACUUUUACCUCCUAAAAAUUUUAAGGGUUGAUAUAAGUCUCCUAUCAAUAAUGAGGCUUAAAAAUGAGUGGUUUUGAAUGACUGCUACUUUUUCAAAGCAGGAUGAACUUGGUGAAUUUGUUUUAUGCCAUUAGAUGGCGCCAGAGGUCAGAGCUUAUUUUGGAUUGGAUGUUUACAAAGGAGCAUUUUUUGGUUGUAAAAAUUUCUGGGGGGGGGGAAAUUGAAAUAAAGUUAAGACUAGACAUUAAUUGAGCCAAAAGAAAUGUGAAAAAGAUUUUUCGCCUGUUUUAUCUGGUUAAUGUUUAAAUUUUAAACAAAAUUAAAGUAACUUUAAAAAUGCCUUUCUAGGUAAGAUCCAGCAGCUUGGCAAAAACCCACAGUUACGAUAAACAAGGAAACUGAUAUUGCUAUAAAAUGGACACUAAACUGCUAAAACUGUGGGACGUUAUCCUAUGUUCUUCCUUAACUGGUAGCAUGCUUGUGCUUUCCACUUCUAGCUAAUCUUUAUUUUCCUGAUAGAUACGUACCAAUUUAUCAAAUGUUAGCUGGAACUAUAGAACCACACGGUUCUCAUUUCUUAUGCUGCAGAGACCUGAAUGAUGUUUGGUAACUAUAGGAAAAUGUAAGUUACACUCAGGAUCACUGUUAUUGCUUAUUGCCACUGAUGAAUGAUUCUUAUAAAAAUACAAUCGAAGUUUUCCAUCAAAAAGUAUAAUAUGAUAUUAAUACACCUUAGGUAAGAACAGUUGUUCCAUGAAUGAUUCUAUGAAGCUAUGCAUCUUAGACCUCUUGAGCUGUGAUUUAGCACUGUUUUCUAUAGUUACUUAUCUCGAUCAUUUUUUAAUUUCCACAUUCAUUUCUGAUAUGUAAAAGUGUUAUUCUUAAGUGAUUUCCCAGAAUUGUAAAUUUUAUUAUUUGAUUUAAAUACUGAAGCAUAUAAUUAAAGUAAUUGCUAAGUAGCAGCUUAAAAAUCCAGUUAUCGGAUUGUAUUUAACAUCUUUAAGAGCAUGAUCAUAAAAAGCUAUAUUUUUUACACCCUUUUUUUUUUUAACAUUUAGAUUUUAUAAGGGUUUUAUAUCUCAUUUGUCCAUAUUGUUUUCAAAGGAAUGAGGUUUUUAGGUAGGUGGAAAAGCAUUUGUAGGAAGUUACAUUUCAACAUAGACAAGGUGGGUUGCUCAAGUUGUAAUUGAUGGUUUCCAGAAUGUUAUUUGAAGAAUGUCUGUGAAUCCAGGUGUGGGUCCUACUCAGUGCCAUCGAUAGACUGAGUUCUCUCUCUGUAGAUCACCAUGACAUAGUAAUUUUGAUUCUGAAUUUCACAUUAAAUUAUUUGAGUGUAUACAGACCUAAAUUUAAAAAUCUGUACAUAUAUUAUUUUGAUGUAUUAAAGAUUAAUAUUGCCGAUUUAAAUUUUAUUUAUGCACAUACUUAAAGGACAGAAAUGUCCAGGAAAGUAAUUGUUAAAUAAUGAUAUGUAACUUUUUAACUUUUUAAAUAAAUAACAAGAUUUUUAAUGUGUGUCUCCCUCAGGGUUGUUUAAAGUUUUUUGGUUUUUUUUUUUUUUUCCUCCCUCAAAUAUAAAUAGUGGUAACUAUAUGUUUUGUAUCUUCUAGCACCAACUGCUGUAAAGCAAUGCUGCAAAUAAUGCUUGAAGAAAAGUGGCUAAGCCAACAACAAAAGAAAUACUUUUUAUAUUAGUUUUAUAAUUCUUACAUUUGAGAGCUUUCCAAAUUGCACUUGGAUUUAAACAGAACUGUUGCAGUCUUGACUCUUAUUUAUUUUGUCUCCCGUGUUUGUGAAGAUACUGCACAGUUUCAGAGGCAUGGUAAAUAACAUAUCAUUGUCUAUGUAUUCUGUUCCCCAGCUGGCUAUAGAUCCACUAUCCAGAGAAGAGCAAAAUUCAAGCUUUAGAAAACAUUCUAUAAGAUCUCACGCAUGCAAUUUUGACAUAUCUGAAAAUAGGUUUUUGUAUAUUUAUGGUGGGAGGUGGUUGGGAACUUUUGACAAAAUGUGGGGUGUUAAUUUUUGUACAGUCUGUGGGCAUUUACACAUAUUUUUAAUGUAAUAAAAUUUGGUAAUUAUGUGCACAUUAAAUUAAUAAGAUAGUUACUUCCUGUUAUGAUUUGUGAAUUCCCUAAGACUUUGGAUUUUUUUAAGUAACUUUAUAUCAGAAAUGAUACUGCAUCUUUAUAUUUUUUAAAUUGUAUUGCUGCUCAAGAAUGGUACCCUGAUGUCAAAAAGGCAUACAUUCAUAAUUGUACAUUCAGCACUGUAAAUAACCUUAUGAAAUCUUUUUUGGAUUGAAAGCUAUUCAAAAUAAAAAUUUAAAUGAUUGAAAUGACA